ACCCUCGGAGCUCCGAGGGGACCCCUCUCUUUGCGGCCGGCCUCGAUCGGCUGCUCAGCACCCCGGCCCUGGCCCUAGCUCGGGAGAGGAUCAUGCAUGACGCUGGAAGCCAGCAGUGAUGGAGCCACCUCAGAGGUUUCUAACCCCGAAAAAGACAUGGAGCCAAAUGCAGAGGCUAGGGACUGAGUCAGGACCUGAGGCCAAGGCCAAGUUCCUGGGUCCAAGCCCAGUUCUGGAUCGGGGAAUGAGGCCGAGGCUGGCCCUUUGGACUUCGGAGUGGCCACAAAAAGGGAAUUUAAAGAGGUGUUGCAAGAGAGCCUGGAUACAGGGCUGGCUCAGAGACGGGCUGGGGGCGGGGCUAAGAGGCAGCGGGGCGUGGCAAGCGCCGGGGUGGAGCCAAUGCGAGGGGGCGUGGCGAACGGGCAGGGGUCUGGAGCAUCUCAAGCGGUGAAACAGACGCCCGGGAAUGAUCUUUCUGCAGGCUCUCGAAUCCGAGACCCGGGUGCUGAGGAGAGCUCCUUGGGCAGGUCACAGAUCGAGAGGGAGUCGGUACACGAGAUCGACGCCGGGGAGACGGCGCUGGAGGAGGGACUGCGCGUGGCGUCCCCGGAGCGCGGCAAGAGGGUGGCCCGGCUGCUAGAGCACUUCUGUUCGCAGCUGGUAAGAGACAGCACCCGGGGGAUCAAAGUGACACUACUCACCAGGGACGACCAGUUGGGGCCCCAGGAGCUGAAGAAAUUCCGCCUAAUCACCAAGCAGAACAAAGGAGCUCGGAGGGCCUCCGGCGUCUUCUCGCAGCUGCCCGGGGAGGCCGUAUGGAAGGCUGGCGGCGACCUGGCACGCCUCCCUCCUGCUGUCGCCCUCCUUGCAGCGCGACAGGAGACACCAUCCCAGGAGUGGCCGCCCUACUGGCCGAGUGGGAGUAACCUGCGCCUCCUGGCGGCCAAAGGCCUGGAGUGGCGCGUGGACAGCCGCGCGCGCGCGCGCGGGCUCACGCUGUGCGCGCGCCCUUUCCGCAUCCCUCUCCGCGGCGACAGCACGUGUCGCUACCUCCGCAUCGACGCCUUCAGCAGCGACGUUGCGCGAAGGCCGAGCCGGCUUCUGUAGCAUCUGCAGCUCCGGAGCCCUUUCAGCCUCAGCAUCGUGUGCCCGCUCUGCCCGGCGCCCCAGUUGUGGUCACAGGUGGCUGACUUCCUCCAGGCUCGCUGGGGGCUCGCGCUGGUCAAGGGUUAUACUGAACAGUACUUGCUGGAAGCCGACGACUAA